AUGUCGCAGAAUGAUGACCUGGCCUAUGGCCGCUAUUACGACUCGGAGCGCGGAUCGGGCGAUGGCUCGAGAGGACUGAGUGACACCUUCAAGAAGUUCAAGGACACCUACAAAAGUCACUCCAAGCCGUCCGGUCAGGGAUAUAACCAGGGUGGUGCUCAGGGGUCGUCGCAACAGAAUUACCAGGACCAGAGUCAAGGACCAUUCGGAUAUAGCCACAGUCAGCAAGGCCAGCAAGGCCAACCGGGCCAACAGAGCCAGCAGCAAUAUUACUCGGGUCAGCCCCUGCAGUACCAAGGAAAACCCCAGAAAGAAGACAAACUCUCCGGAUUCUUGGGCAAGAUCCAAGGUACCGUCACCGAUCUCGGUUCCGAAUUGGCCACCAAACUGGGGACCACUAUCGAUCCCCAGGCCUACGCCGAGUAUGGAGCUACCAAGCCCACGACAGAGCACCGUUUUGGUAGCUUCGCUCCUCCCAGAGAACACAAUGAGGUGAAGCCGUACGUCGAUGGAUGCUCCUAUUUCUGGGCAGUUUCCAUCGCGCUGGAGAAUGCGCGCGAGUCCAUCUGGAUUCUGGACUGGUGGUUGUCUCCCGAGCUCUACUUGAGAAGGCCCCCGGCCGAGAAUGAGAAAUACCGACUGGAUCGAAUGCUGAAGGAUGCUGCUGUUCGCGGCGUGCGUGUGAAUAUUAUCGUUUACAAGGAAGUAACCCAGGCCUUGACGCUGUCUUCAGCGCACACCAAGCAUGCCCUGGAGAACCUUCACCCCAACAUUGCUGUCUUCCGCCACCCCGACCAUCUGCCUGAUCGCCAGGAGCUGGUAUCUGAUAUCGCACACUCUUUCCAGAACCUGUCGCUCACCUCCGCCAGUCUCUCUAAGAUGUCCAAGGACACUCUUAAGGGCUUGUAUGGCAUGAACGACGACGUUAUUUUAUACUGGGCUCACCACGAGAAAUUAUGCCUGAUUGACGGCCAGAUCGCUUUCAUGGGUGGCCUGGAUAUGUGCUUCGGUCGGUGGGACACCCAUCAGCACGCACUCUCCGAUCUGCACCCAUCCAACAUCAACGAUACCGUCUUCCCAGGCCAGGACUACAACAACUCCCGCGUCCUCGACUUCCAAAAUGUCUGGGAGUGGGAGAAGAAUCAGCUCGAUCGAACGACCAUGUCUCGCAUGGGAUGGUCCGAUGUUUCUAUCGGUCUGCGGGGUCCAGUUGUCGAGGAUCUUCGACGCCAUUUCGUGGAGCGCUGGAACUUUAUCUAUGAUGCAAAGUACCUGGUUCGUAAGGAUACUAGGUAUACCCGUCUUGUGCUCUUUGGAAGGCCUACUUCGUCGUCUGGACCGCAAGCUGGUGCCGCACAGCCAGGCCAACAACAGCCGGGAGCUCCUCAUCAGUCGCAGCCGCAGCAGGGACAGCCGCAGGGAUCGGCCCCUCAAUGGCAGAGCCAGCAGCCCGGUGCUACAAGCCAGCAACAGCAGGGAUCAGCCCCUCAGUGGCAAGCCCAGCAAUCCACAGGGACACCAAGCUACCCACCGCCUCCUACCCAGACAUCAUCGAGCUCUCAGCCGCCACAAUAUCAGCAGCAGCACGAUACCACUUUAUCGUAUCAGUCUGGUAACACGCCGAGCUAUCCGCCCCCGCCAGGACAAUACUCGUCGGAUCAGACUCACCAGCAGCAGCAGGCGCACAGCCCUGCUCCAUCCUAUCAGGCAUAUCACUCUGAUAACACCCAAGGCUACCAAUCCGGCGCGGGCCAGUCAUUGACCCCCAAUCAGCCAUCGCCAAGCCAGGCUUCCCACCAGUACAGCUACGCGGGCGAAUCUUUCCCUCCGCCUCCCCCGGGACCGCCACCAAGCCAGUCUCCGGCAAGCCACUCCUAUCAGCCUCAACAGCAGCAGACUCAAGCGCCCUACUAUGCUCCGCCACCAACGCAGGGAUCUACUGGUUCUGCCCAGCAGAGCCAGACUCCCUACUACCCACCUCCACCAGGCCAGGAAUCUUCUCAUUCCGCUACUCGUGGAAUGGAUGACUACCAAUAUGGAGCUGAUCAGAGCCGGGGUUUCGCGCCGAAGCGCUUCCGUGAGGACAUCACUCAAUACGGCAAUCAGCUUCGUGGUCAACUCGCCGGUCAGAUCCACCAGUACCAGGAUCGCCUGACCACCUACGGGCGUCCGCAGUCGCAGGGUCGUGGCAACAUGUCCUGCCAGAUUGUUCGCAGCUGUGCUAAAUGGAGCAACGGUAGCCCGCUCGAGCACUCCAUCGCGGAUGCCUAUGCUUCCAUCAUCAAGAACAGUCAGCAUUUCGUGUACAUCGAGAACCAGUUCUUCAUCACAGCUACAGGCGACUCGCAGAAGCCAGUCAAAAACAAGAUCGGUGCUGCUAUUGUCGAGCGUAUUCUGCGAGCCGCUCGUGCUGGCCAGAAGUACAAGAUCAUCGUGGUUAUUCCCUCAGUGCCUUGCUUUGCUGGUGACCUUCGUGAUGACGAGACUCUUGGUACUCGUGCUAUCAUGGAGUUCCAGUAUAACUCUAUCAACCGUGGUGGAAACAGUAUCAUGGAGCUCAUUGCCAAGGAAGGAUUCAACCCAAUGGAGUACAUCCGUUUCUACAAUCUGCGAAACUACGAUCGCAUCAACAAUGCUGGUCUUCUCUCUGCAGUUGAGCGGGAGAGUGGCGUUCACUACGAGGAUGCUCGCAGACAGUACGAUCAGCAGACCGUUGGCUCCGCUGGCUAUGCUACCCCUCCUCCUGGACCUGGUGCUGCUCGCAGCGCAUUCGAUACCUCUGCGCCCUUCCAACAGUACCAGCAAGCAGCCCAGCAUCACAACCAGGGCGCCAAGCCUGCUGGAUCGGCUCAAUGGGACAGUGUCAGCUCUUGCUACAUGCUGAAUGGACAGGAUAUUCGCAAUGUGCCCUGGGACGGACACCCAGAUGCCGAAAUUGACGCGUUUGUGAGCGAGGAACUCUACGUCCACUCCAAGGUGAUGAUCGCCGACGACCGCGUGGUAAUCUGCGGCUCCGCCAACCUCAACGAUCGCUCCCAGCUCGGCGACCACGACUCCGAAAUCGCCGUCGUCAUCGAGGACUUCACCCCUCUCCAAUCCACCAUGAACGGUCAACCCUGGAUGGCCAGCCGCUUCGCCGCCUCGCUCCGCCGCGAACUCUUCCGCAAACACCUCGGCCUUCUCCCACCGCAAGACUACAGGCGUCCCAACUCCAGCUUCGAACCCCCCGGUGUACCUGACCACUUCGACCUCGAAUGCCCGGAAAGCAAAGUCGUCGCCGACCCACUCGCAGACACCCUCCAAAGCCUGUGGAACUCACGCGCACACACCAACACCGAGGUCUUCCGCAAGGUCUUCCACGCUGUCCCCGACGAUGUAGUGCGUAACUGGGCUACUUACAAGGAGUUCUAUGAGUAUUACUUCCACAAGGCGGAUAAGGAGGCUGAGGGUAAGGAUGGGUCUAGUCGGCCUCCAAGGUUCCAGUGGGGUCAUGUUGUUCGUGAUGACUUUGCGCCUGGUGCCGAGGGCGCGAAGCAGGUUAAGGAGUUGCUUAGCCAGGUUAAGGGGACACUAGUGGAGAUGCCGUUGAUGUUUUUGAUUGAGGAGGAUAUUGCUAAGGAAGGGAUUACGUUGAAUGAGUUGACGCAGCCGCUUUAUACCUAG